UCAAAAAUGUCAGCAAAAGCGCGUUUUGCAAGUUACUUUCGAAAUCCUAUUUUCCUAAGAGGGUUUGGCUAUGGAGGCAUAUUUACUGCAACUCUUUCUUUUUAUGGUUUUGUGUUUGACAACUGGCGUUCACAGAAGAAGAAGGAAAAAGAUGCAGAAGAACAGUUGAAAAUCGCUUUUGAAGAUGGCGACAAAGUGACCAGAGGACAGAGCAUAUUGAAGUAUGGGAGUCCCGAGAUGGGCAAUGGGGUUCGGUACUACAGUAAUUUUGCCCUUGUGUACGACCAACAGAAAAGAACACCAGCAUGGGUUGCCGAGCAAAUUACGGCAAAUCUUUUGAAAGGCACAGCCAACAGAAAGCAUUCCAAGUUCAAGCCUGACCCAGGUGUGCCUGAGAUGUUUUCUGCAGAGAACUCCGACUACUGGAAGAGCGGGUGGUCUAGAGGUCACAUGGCCCCAGCAGGAGAUAAUAAAUACAAUCAGGAGUCUAUGAAUGAGUCGUUUUACUUAAGCAACGUGGUACCGCAGAAUUUAGACAACAAUGCUGGAUUUUGGAACCGUCUCGAGAUGUACUGUAGGGACCUUACGAAAAAGUAUCCAUCAGUGCAUGUUCUCAGUGGACCUCUGUUUAUGCCCAAGGGUGAAGAGGAUGGGAAGAGAUAUGUCAAGUAUCAGGUGAUUGGUCAGAAUGGCGUUGCUGUCCCCACCCACCUAUUCAAGGUCAUUGUUGUUGAGGACAAGCUAGGUGAACCUGUUGCUAUGGCAACUUUCAUCGUUCCUAAUGAACCAAUCAAUUUUGACCACAAGCUCACCGAAUAUCAGGUUCCUAUGGAAACCUUAGAGGGAGUAGUGGGAAUGAAAAUAAUUCCAAAAUUGGAUCGACAAAUCGUAGGAGACUUGUGUGAAAUAGAAGGAUGUAAGCUUAUGGAUAGAACAGAGUUUGAGUUGUACUUUAUUGGUAGGAAAUUGGGAAGUGCCAACACUCUGCAUCGCCUGGACAAAGUGUGGGGAGAGUUGGAGGAAAAAAAAUUACAGCCUGAUCAAUAUCUUAAAGAUUUGUAUAAUAGGAAGUUGGUGGAACUGGGUAAAACAGAAGAGAAAACAACACAGGAAGGUGUGCGAUAGUUGGCUGAAAUUUUCAGACUCACUUAAUUUUCUUUGCUCUGGUUUAAGCAUAGGAUGUUUACCUCAAUGUUGGUGAUAAAUAUGUCCAUCUAUAUACAGCCGAUUCUCUUAGAUAUGUUGAUGGUAUAUUUCUGCUAGUACAUGUAGUACAUGUACUGCUCUCCAUAUCACCAUGUUUUAAUUUUGAGCUAUUGACUGUCAUGUAGUAUGGAGUUUUGAAGUCAAUACCUUAAAAAACAUAGUUAUAAAGUAACUCAAUGCUAUACAUGUAAACAGAGAUAAAGAGGACAGGAGAAAGGAACUCUCAUAAUGGUGUUUGUCAGGACUACCUGUGUUGAGUUGUAGCAAAAGUUGUGAUAAGUAAAACAAUUGUAUUAAUUGGGGUACAUCUUAUUUGAGAGUAAGAGUGCAUCUUUAAAUCAAAAAGUGGGGGCAUUUCACAUGUCCAUUAUAAUCAACCUAUUUAAGUAUUUGUACAACAUAUUAGUAUGACUUCUUAUAUAUAUUGACAUGAUAUCAUAUUGACGUAAAUAAGGAAGGCUGACUGAAAAAACAACAGGUUUUGUCUCAUAAAGUGUUUUAUAACAAGCAUUUAUAGAUACAUGUAUAUUUUAUGGAUUUAUUUUUUGUCGAUUUUUAGAUAGACUUAUAAUAUCUGUUAUGGAUAUAAUUUGGAUUAUAAAUGUACAAUACUGAAGACACUUCAAAAAAAUCUCACCUUGAAACACAUGAUCAAGCUCACCCACCACUGUGUUCAUUGAAGGUUUGCUUAUAAAGCACCUUCAUUAAACAAUCAAACCUUCAUUACAGUCUUAUUUUUAAUUAUUUGUUUAACAUCUGACUUUUAUCUUAUCGGUUUUUUGAAGGAAAAAAGUCAACGUAUUGUGAUAGACUUGGUGUGGUUCAUUGGCUUGCCAGAUCUUAAACCAUAGUCAUACUAUUCAAAUAAAACCUGUUAUUAACUAUGCACAUGUUUAGCAGGGCCCAUAACUCUGACUUUAACAUUUAUGGAAUUAUGCAUCUUUUCAACUGAAAAGCCCACAACAGACGAGCAUAAGCAUUCCCUCCUGGUCCUCUUGUUUUCAAAAUAUUGUCCUGUUUAAUGGCAAUGAAAAAAAAUGAUAUAUUGCAUCUUGGAAGUUAUGGUCCAUUUUUACUGGCGUCAUGAUUUUCUUUUAUCCUUGUGUUUUCUGAUCUACCACGGCUGUCUUGCUGCUCUUGGAGAUGAUGGCCUAGGCCCUUCCAGAAAGGACAGAAUAAACUCAAAUAAUUAAUAUUUUGAAAUAAAAAAAAUAAAGUGUAAGC